UGCAGAAUUGGUUUGAAUCUAAGGUGGGAUAUUUUUCGCAAAAAAAACAUUCAUGGAGUGUCUGGGGGCUUCCCGUGAGAUCAUUUUCAUAGUUGAUUCAUUCGUACAAUCGACCAAUUUAGUUUUUAACAUUUAAUCACCCAAACAUAGCCAACUGCGAUUUGGACGACUGUGUGAAGUGUCAUUGUCUGAUUUCACUAAAAUUCAGGUUUACACCCAAAAUCGAUGAAAUCAUCCUCAAAUUGUGAUAAUUUGACUCUAGAGUGUUCGUAUUAGUGCUUAUGUGGAUUUGAGGUGAUAAAAUUAGUAUUUUUGAGUGAAAUUCCGCCAACUAGACUAACCCUAACCUCAAAAAUGAACGACUUGGACAAACAAUUAGCCGAAUUGGCGCUAAUCAACAAAACUGAAUUGCCCUCAAACUCCAAGAAGAUCGGACCGGCGGUGCCCCCAAAACCCAAAAAGCCCCAACCUCAGAUACCUCAAUCGUACCCCCUUAAACAACCCCUUGAGCCUUCUUAUUCUUCCCGUCUCCAAACCUCCCAACUUUACUCAAACCUCCCUCCUCAAAACACCUAUGCGAAUUUGCCCCGCCCCCAAAUCAAAACGACCAAUCUGACCCCGAAACCGUACACUAAACCGGAUCACGUGACCUAUAGUAACAUUCAAGUGGGCCAAUCACGGAACGCCGAUGGUUUGAUUUAUAGUAAUUUGGUUCACCCGCCACGGGAGGGAAAUAUGUAUAGUAAUGUAUCGCAGGGGGCGUAUGCAAAUGGAGAUGAUUUGCCACCGCCGCCUCCACCACUCGAUUUGACGGCUAAUUUGGGGGAGUACGCCCCUUGUACGAUUAAUACGAAUUUGCCGCCCCCACCGGAGGAUUUACUGCCGCCCCCGAGUCCCGUCAGUUCGAGUUAUAGCGAGUUGAGGAGGGCGACUCAACCGGGGGCUCAGGAGUUCAAUUACAGUCUCGGAUCGCAGUACGCUGAUUCUGAUUCUUUGUAUGGAUAUGGGGCUAUGUCUCAGUCAUCGUCCACGUAUGAGUCCAUUUACGAGCCCAUAAACCCCAGGCCUCCAAGUCAAAUGUCCUCAAGAUCGAAUUAUUCACUCUAUGCCCCCUAUGUGAGUGGCAAUAGUAGCACUAUGACGGGCCCCAGCCAAUCAGCGAGUCGUAUGGAAGUCAAUAAACUGCAAGAAGUGGACAGUUUGACCGAUCUUCUGGUCCAAGGAAUGGACAAUGAACAAGAUCAAGACGUUUAUGGGGUUUGUGUCAAAUGUGGGGAUAAAAUCAUAGGGGAAAAUAGCGGAUGUACCGCCAUGGACCAGUUGUACCACACCACAUGCUUCACUUGUCACCACUGCGCCAUCAACUUGCAAGGGAAGCCCUUUUAUGCCCUUGACGGCAAGCCCUACUGCGAGGAGGACUAUCUGAACACGCUGGAAAAAUGCUGCGUGUGCCAGAAGCCGAUCCUGGACCGCAUCCUCCGCGCCACCGGCAAGCCCUACCACCCCAAAUGCUUCUGUUGCGUGGUGUGCGGCAAGAGCCUCGACGGUAUCCCCUUCACAGUCGAUGCCACCAAUCGCGUUCAUUGCAUCGAAGACUUCCAUAAGAUUUUCGCCCCCCGAUGCUGGGUGUGCAAACAACCGAUUAUGCCGGAGCCCGGCGAAGAGGAAACCGUGCGAGUGGUAGCCCUCGAUCACAGUUUCCACAUCCAAUGCUACAAAUGCGAGGAUUGUGGAUUGGUAUUAUCGUCCGAGGCGGAGGGCCGAGGCUGUUACCCCCUUGACGAUCAUGUUUUAUGCAAAAGUUGCAAUGCGAAACGCGUUCAAACUCUAACGAAUCACAUGACGACGGAGUUGUAAGUAGGUGAGUGUUUAGUUGCCAUAUUGUUGUGAUUUUUGAGUGAUAGAAGGGAAAAAGUAUUGAUUUGUUAGGCUUGACGCUUGUAUUUUAUAUUCGAGAUAUUUUAAUGGCACUUCAAUUAUAUUGCUUAUCAUUCCAAUUUAGGGGUAGAUUUUUAUCUUUUAUAUGUGAUUUUUUAACGUGCCAAUGGGUUAAUAAAGUGUGACACAA